GUGGUCACAUUGUCCAACUUCCCCCCCGCCCAGGUGGACCCGAGGACCACUUGGCCGUCCCUGCGCCACUCCGCGGAGGCGUGGGUAAAGUUGGCGGCGUCCGGGUAGAAGCAAGGCAGCGACAGAGGUCGGCCGACGAUUCCCAGCACGCACUGGUCCCCUGCGGAGACGCGGAGGUCCAAGACUUCUUACCUGACGUGUGGCAGACGCCCAUGAAGCCGAGCAGCAGUCCUGUGGGCCACAGUGGUCCCAGCAUGGCCACCGGCCCCCCCACUGGGAAGUUGUUUGGGAAGAAAAAUCAGCCGGACUACGCCCACAGCGUCACGCCAGGAACCAAUCAUCAUCUGCACCUUCCCAACAUGGCGGCGGUGAGGAAGCUCCUCAUGCUACACCGACUUUUCCCGCUCCGCCACAGCCUGAGGGGAGCUUCCACCUGCGGCCCCCCGGGGAUGAGCUGCCUUCCCCGGCCGAGAGGUUCCUACGUGCCGCACUGCAGCAGAGCGUUUGUCCUUUCCGGCUGCGCCCUCAAACACACACAAUACCUGACUGGACCUUUUAGCAGCCCAGAAGAGGAUGUGGAGGAUGAGGAUGAAGACUUCAUGGAGGAGCAGGAGGUGGAGGAGAUGUUCCAGCAGCUGCAACCCGACAUAGUCGUCCCAGGAGCGGGGGACCACCACCGGGUGUUUGUGGUGCACCCUGACGUCAAGUGGGGGAGCAGAAAGCAACACCUGACCACAGCCGAGCUGAUGAUGGCGGAGGCGGUGGCCCUCAUCAACACGCUGGACAAGUGGACUGUGGUGGACCAGCUGGUCAUGUCCACCAAGACUCCGGAGAAGAAGAUGAUCUUCGGCAAAGGCAACUUCCAGACCCUCACAGACAGGAUCAGGAGGACAGCGGGCGUCACGGCGGUUUUUGUCAACGUGGAGCGUCUCUCCCCGUCCUCCGAGAGGGAGUUUGAGGAGGCCUGGGGGGUGAAGGUGCUGGACAGGUACUCCGUGGUCCUCCACAUCUUCCGCUGCAACGCCAGAACCAAGGAGGCCAAGUUGCAGAUCUCUCUGGCCGAGAUCCCCUUGCUCAGGUCGCGUGUGAAGAAUGACUUCAUGAAGUUGGACCAGCAGGGCGGAGGCUCCAGGUACAUCGGAGGCUCAGGUGAGACCCAGAUGGAGAUCCAGCAGAGGCUUCUGAAGGAGCGGGAGAUGAAGAUCCGCUGUGCCCUGGACAAGCUGAAGAAGAGGAGGCACCUGCUGCGUUCCCGCAGGAGACACAAGGAGUUCCCCCUGGUGUCGGUGUUGGGCUACACUAACUGUGGUAAGACCACUCUCAUCAAGGCGCUGACGGGCGACCAGCAGCUGCAGCCCAGAGACCAGCUCUUCGCCACGCUGGACGUGACGGUCCACGCCGGUCAGCUGCCGGGUCGUGUGACGGCGCUCUUUGUGGACACCAUCGGCUUCUUGUCACAGCUGCCACACCCACUCAUUGACUCCUUCUCCGCCACGCUGGAGGACAUCAAGCAGUCGGACCUGCUGGUCCACGUCCGGGACAUCAGCCACCCUGAGACCACCAACCAGAAGGCCAACGUCUUGAACGUCUUGAAGAACCUGCAAGUCCCUGAGGGCCUCCUCAGCUCCAUGAUGGAAGUCCACAACAAGAUAGACCUGGUCCACAACUACGAGGCGACAGAGGCCGACGUCUUCCCCGUCUCCGCCCUGCGGGGGCGUGGCCUGGAGGCGCUGCGGGAGGCGGUGGAGGAGCGCGUGCUGACGUCGACCGGGAAGCGUGUGCUGAGCCUGAAGGUGAAGCUGGACACGCCUCAGCUCAGCUGGCUGUACAAGGAGGCCGCCGUGCAGGACGUGAGCGUGGACGCCGACGAGGGCUCGGCCGUGGUGGAGGUGGUCAUCAGCGCCGCCGCGUACGGACGCUACAGGAAGUGUUUUGUGGACGUGUAGCGAAGUGCCACCUUUAAAGGUCACAACAUUAGGGACACUAUGAUGGAGUCACAUGACCAUUCAUGGUCUGCAACAAUCAAUAAAAAUAUAUAUUAUUGA